GACUGGUUAUGGGUAUGGGUGCGGGUUGUUGGAUCCUGGGGGACGCUCCCGUUUUCGAGCGGGGACCCCCAUCCUACAACACGCACCCAUAGCCCUCUCCGAUCCCCUAUAGAUCUGUGUGUGUGUGUGUGUGGUUGGUUCGUCACCCCUAGACUCAAGGCUUGUGUACAGUUCGCAAUGUGCUGCUAUCACGGCCCCUCUGUGAGGCCUUUGAGGCAGAUGGUUGCGGGGGUGGGGAAACGCUGCUACGACCUCGCACAGCCCGCCUGCGCUCAACUGCGUACGCAGCUAUCUUGCGAUCUUCACGGGCGUGCCAAAUUGCCCAUCCGUUUCAUGUCCGUGCAAUCAUAAUCCGCUGUUCGCUCGCUUGUUUAAGAGCUUUAGCAGUGAUGUGAGAUGAACGCGCUUCAGCGCGUUGGCAGCAUGUUGCGAGCAUGAGUCAGGCAAGAGGAACGCCAGUCUUGUGGUCAGUCUUCCUUGGUUUGGACGGGGAGGGCUCUCAGGAAUGCUGGAUGCGGGUAGCGAGUUGCAAUGUGGCCGAGCCGAUGUUCCAGUCUUGUUCACGGUCAUACAUGGUUACAUGCUUAGGGUUGUAUUCAAGGCUCGAGAUCUUGCAGCCCUUCUGUUCCCUGUCAUUCACCUGUAAAUCUUCGCGCUCACUCUGGGGCAAAGGAUGGUGAAGAAGUCGAGGAAGGCCGACAACCGAAAACUCCAAAAUGUGCAGGCUGCCAAGAUUACCAAGAAGAUCCGGGAGAACAGAGAGUUGCACAACAUCCCUGCGCCGUCUCCUGGGACGAGCUUCUCGCAUAUCAAGAACAAGCACAAGAGGUCGCAGAUGGUCAGCCUGAUGAAGGACCGCGAGCAGAAGAAGCAGAAGUCCAAGGCGAGACGAGCCAGGCGGGAGGCGGAGGCUCGUGGCGAGGAGGUGGAGCGCAAGGAGCCGCGUUCCAUCGACAAGAUGCGCGAGCCAGACGAGACCAUCGUCCCUCCAGACGACAGCGAGGUGGAGGAGACGAUGAAGCGAUGGAUGAGUUCGAGAAGUAUUUCUCGGGCGACCAGGUGCCGAAAAUAUUGUUAACGACCCAG